GUGCAGUGUGAAUACCACCUUUUUCUUCCUUUUGAUUUCCCAUCGUUUUCCUAAAUCCGGUGAAUAUGGUAUUUGGAGGAACCACAAAAACCAUUAAUAAAUAGUACUACCAGAUUAUAACAUAUACCACCGAUCGAGCCCUAUACAUAAACCCAACAAAUACCCAGCUUUACUUCUAUCAUAAUCCCCUACAAAUUCUCAAAGGCAAUGGCUUUGCUAGCAUCCCCAUUACUAAAGUCCAAGCCUUUACCCUUUUCGCCUCUUCACAAAACAACAUCGGAGAAUAAAUCCAGCACUUGGAUUGCCUUUAAUUUGUGUGGGAGGAAGACGAAAUCCAAUAAUAUAUACACUAAGCAUGCCGAUUUGCGCAGGGGUUUUCUCACUGGUUUGAAUCGGGGUUGUAAUAGAACAGUGUUCGUGGUAAAUGGGGUGUCGGAAGGAGCGACAAGGGCAGACCCAGAAGGGAAGAAUUUUGGUAGAAUUUUGUUGUCGGAUGUGGUGGUGAAAAGGAGGAAAAGGGUGUUUAGGGGUAGGAAAUGGAGCUCCUUGGACAUAGGCACUGCUGGUGUUGUUCUGGCUAUGCAUUUGCUGAGUUUUUUUGCACCGUUUUAUUUCAACUGGGUUGCUUUUUGGGUUGCUUUUGGGCUAUAUGUGGUGACAGGACUUCUGGGCAUUACUUUGUCCUUCCAUAGGAACCUGUCUCAUAGAAGUUUCAAGCUUCCAAAAUGGCUUGAGUACCUCUUUGCUUAUUGUGGAGUUCAAGCACUUCAGGGGAACCCAAUUGAUUGGGUCAGCACACACAGGUACCACCAUCAGUAUUGUGAUUCAGAAAGGGACCCUCAUAGCCCCAUUGAAGGGUUCUGGUUCAGUCACAUGAGUUGGCUUUUUGAUACAGAUUCUGUUAAUGAAAGGUGUGGAGGGCCAAACAAUGUUGGAGAUUUAGAGAAGCAGCCCUUCUACAGGUUUCUUCAAAGUUCUUACAUUCUUCAUCCAAUUGCUCUUGGAGUUCUGCUGUACGCACUGGGUGGAUUUCCCUUCCUAGUGUGGGGAAUGGGUGUGAGGAUUGUGUGGGUAUACCACAUCACUUGGCUGGUGAAUUCAGCUUGCCAUGUUUGGGGCCAACAAGCAUGGAAUACUGGUGAUCUCUCUAGGAACAACUGGUGGGUGGCAUUGCUAGCAUUUGGAGAAGGUUGGCACAAUAACCAUCAUGCUUUCGAGUACUCUGCCAGGCACGGCCUGGAGUGGUGGCAACUGGACAUGACUUGGUUUGUGAUAAAGCUUCUCCAAGUAACUGGGGUGGCAACUGACGUGAAGCUACCUACUGAACUUCAAAAGAAAAGGAUGGCUUUCAACAGUUGAGGCUUACUGAUAUUGAAAGAAGGUUUUUUGAGCUUGAAGUGAACAUAAUGAGAUUAAUAGAGUUACUUAUUUAGGUGACUGAAUGACCUUUGCUUGUUAUAGUCAUAUCGGGACUCUUGGCUUAGCUUCGAAGCACUGAGCUAUAUUGCCUGAGUUUAUGUGUGCUGGCUUCUGAUGUAACCUGAGAUUACUUCAUGGAUUAUACAGAAAUCAAUUAUUUCAUUCUCU